GAUACCUACAGCAUGGCGCGGUCAUGUGCACAAACGAAGGUACCUCCUACUAUGUACGAAGUACAAAAGUACGACGGUACUUCGCGCAACCGCCAGAGACAGGCGGCAAGUGCGUCACGCAUGCCUGCCCCAGUGCCGCGCCACGUGCAACGUAUUGUCAACAGCUCCAAGCUGGGACAUCAAGGUCGUCCACAUCCCAACAUUCCCCUCCGCUUGCCGUCCAACACUCCAUCGUCGUCAAGACUUGCUCCCGUCGCGACCGGCCCAGCUUCAACCUCACGUCAUAUACGAGUUGAUGGCAACGUCCUGAUAUCCCGCCACCAUGUUUGCGCGAUCGGUGCUGGGCGCCUCGCUGGCCCUCGUUGCUAGGGCCGCGCAGCCUGGUGCCGUCGACCCCGUGGCUGGCCCGAUGCGAGAUCUGACCUGGGGUCAGCUCAACUUUCUUCACACUACAGAUACCCACGGCUGGCUCGGUGGCCAUCUUCUAGAACCGCAGUACUCGGCCGACUGGGGUGACUACAUUUCCUUCGCCCACCACAUGCGUAAGCGAGCCGAUGAUACGGGUGCCGACCUCCUCCUCGUCGAUACGGGCGAUCGCAUCGAAGGCAACGGGCUCUAUGACGCAUCCACCCCCAAGGGCUUGUUCCAGUACGACAUAUAUGCCGAGCAAGACGUCGACAUUAUCUGCAUCGGCAACCACGAGCUGUACCAGGCCUACUCGGCCGACCGCGAGCACAAUGCCACUGUUCCCAACUUUAGGGAAAACUACAUCGCAUCCAACCUCGAUUACAUAGAUUCGGCCACGGGCGAGCGAAAACCGUUGGCCCAACGCUACCGCAAAUUCAAGACCAAGAAUCAGGGUCUGGAGAUUGUCGCUUUUGGCUUCUUGUUCGAUUUCACUGGCAACGCCAACAACAGCGUCGUUCAGCCCGUGGCGGAGACUAUAAAGGAAGACUGGUUCCAGGAGGCUAUGCGAGAGAAGCCGGACCUCUUUGUCGUCAUCGGACAUGUCGGCCUCCGCAUGGAAGAGUUUCGUACCAUCUUCACUGCGCUGCGCAAGCAAAACUGGCAUAUCCCUAUCGUCUUCUUUGGCGGGCAUGCCCAUGUGCGGGACGCGCUCAGCUACGAUUCGCAGUCCUUUGCCAUGGCCUCGGGCCGGUAUUUCGAGACUAUCGGCUGGAUGUCGGUCGACGGAAUCAAGAAGACCAAGAAGCCAGGCAAAGAUGCGUCCACGGAGGCCUCCCUCAGCUUCACGCGCAAGUACAUGGACAAUAACCUGUACGGCAUGUACCACCACACCGGACUGAACGAGACGACCUUUCCCACAAAGCACGGCAAGCGGGUCAGUCAUAUGAUUACCAGAGCUAGGGAGGCCCUCCAGCUCGACUACAAGUACGGCUGCGCACCCAAAGACCUCUGGAUGUCUCGGGCCAAGUUCCCCUCCAAUGAGAGCAUCUACUCGUGGCUCCAGGAUGAGGUGUUGCCAGACAUUGUCGUCAACGAGACGCGAAAGGACAAGUCACGCCUUGCAAUUGUCAAUACUGGCGGCAUCCGCUUCGACAUCUUCAAAGGCCCCUUCACGCGAGACAGCACUUUCACGGUAAGCCCGUUUACGAGCGGCUUCAGCUACGUGCCCGACGUGCCUUACGACGUGGCAUCCAAGGUAAUUGGGCUGCUCAACAGCGCCGGUAAGGUGCUGGAAACAGGCCAGACUCAUUCGCGAUUUUUGGACAUUCCGGAGCAAAUGAGUUUUGAAGACCCAACACACUUUGGUCUCGUUGAUGACGACUCUGAGGAGGAGCCGCGUCUUGAACUGCGAAGCGUCUCCGUCCUUGACGGGCCCGAUUUGGUCCCGGGAUACACGACAAAGGACGACAUUGGCAGCGACGGCGAUGACACCGUGCACAAGGAGAUCAAGUUCCAUGCAGUGCCCAACUGCAUCCAGGCUGAGGUCGGUUUCCCCACCCAGGGCAAGCCCGACAAGGUCGACUUGGUGUUUAUCGACUUUGUGCAGCCGUGGAUCAUUCCGGCGCUCAAAUUCAGUGGUGGCGAUUUCGGCGAUGACGACGUGCACCGCUACAUGGACGGGACGCUCACGUACAAGCUAGGCGAGUGGAUCAAGGAGAACUGGAAGAGCGAUUGCUAGGCGUCAUGUCGCACGGCAGACGGUUAUGACUUUACGGAAAUCCCAUAGAUGUUUAGAGCAGGCGAGUGAAUACACCACUGACCCCGGCAGAGCAACCGCCCCAGUGCAGCAAUCGGAGAACAGACGGUUGGUCGCCUCCGGCACAAGUCGUUUGAAUUUAGCCGCUGCAUGCUUUCGUCAAGGGAUGCACGCCGCGAUUGCUAGUAGUACCCGG